AUGACAAAGACACGAGCUAAAUUAGUGAAUGAGUGCAAGUCAACGACGCAAUUGGUAGAGCUCUUCUCAAUUGUCGAGGAGCUCGGAUCAGAUAUGAUCGAACGUCUCGACGCCCUGCGUGAUGAAAUGGUCGAUCGUUUCGACGACCUUAAGGAUAAAAUGGUCGAUCAGGAUCAAGAUGACAACUAA